CACUCGGUAGCUAGUGGUACCAAAAUGCUAACGUUACCGGAAUGAGAGGCUCUUACAACUUCAAGCACAAGGGCCAGCAGUAGAGAUGUCUCAGUUGUCAGCUGAAGAUGAGGUGGAGUUGCAGUCUCUGCUCAAGCAGCUUCUGAGAAGCAUCAAUGACAGGAUCUCUGGUGCUCCAUCGACUGAAUGUGCUGAGGAGAUCCUCCUUCACCUGGAGGAGACUGACAAGAACUUCCACAAUUAUGAGUUUGUCAAGUAUCUCCGUCAGUACGUGGAGAGCUCUCUGGGGACUGUGGUGGAGGAGGAGACUAAGAACUUAACCAGAGGAGAUGGGCAACAUGCAAUAGGCUCAGGUCACGACACCUUGAUCCACGCUGUCACCCGAAGGACCAGAGACUCUGCUGAGUACCAGCAGAUGAUGCAGACCUUGAAAAACACCAUGAUCAUGGUGGUGGAGUCUUUGAUCAACAAAUUUGAGGAGGACCAGAUGAGGAAGGAGGAGAUGCACCGAGAGAAGCAGCAGCAGUCCAACAGUCAGUACACUGACAACUGCUCUGACAGUGACUCCUCCUUUAACCAGAGUUAUGCAUUCAUCAGACAAGAGCAGCUGCAAGCCUUGGCUGAAAAACUUGACUCCAGCAGACCUAAAGAGGUGCGUUGGGAGGCUCUUCAGGCCCUCUGCUGCGCCCCUCCGUCUGAUGUGCUGAGCUGUGAAAGCUGGAGCAGCCUGCGCAGGAACCUCUCUGCAGCUUUGACCGACCCCGACCUCAGUGAUAAUGUGCUGCAGUUUUUUGCUAAAAGCUUCUCUUCCUCUCCACUGAAUGUGACAAGAGAGAUCUACACCAGCUUAGCUAAAAGUGUGGAGUCAAGUUUUCUCUGUCACAAGCUAAGCUUUCCAACUGGCUCGGCUACUGUCGACAUCAACAGACCUGAGAUCAGUCGUCUCCUCAAACAGUUUCGACUGAUGAAUGACUUUCAGAAGGAGGUGACAACAUUCUGGAUCCGCCAUCCUGAGAAAUAUAUGGAGGAAGUUAUAGAGAGCACCUUCUCCCUGCUGUCCUUCCAUCAUGAACAUGGCUCAGCCUCACCAGGGACAGAGAAAGCCCUGGAACCCAUCCACCUACUGGCCUUACUAGAUGUUAAAGCUACCUGGUUUAAAAAGUGGAUGCAUGGAUACUACAGCAGGACUGUGGUUCUCAGACUCCUGGAGAGAAAAUACAAGUCUCUGAUUGUAGCAGCCCUUCAGCAGUGUAUCCACUACAGUGAGUCCUGUGAGCGUUCAACAAAUGAGACAACUGAUCCCCAGUCAGCUGAGCAGCAGAACACUGGUUCAGUUCAGAGGAGUGUUUACACAGGAAAAGAGCUCGAAUAUGCCUUCUUUGUCCACUCGCUGUGUGUCCUAGGGAAACUCCUCAUCUACACCAAUGGCAGGAAGCUGUUUCCCAUCAGAGUGAAGAAGCACAAAGAUCCAGUCAGCCUUACGGACCUGGUUGUCAUACUGAUUAACAUCAUGUACCAACACCCCAAUCCUCCGCACAAUGACACCUCACUCUCAGACUCACUGUCGCCCAGCUGUCUGGCGAUGGAUGUGCUGUGGAUGCUGUGUGAGAGGACUGAGUGUGCUGCAGACUGUCUCUACCAGACCCCUGUAAUAGAGACACUGCUGGCUCCUGUUAUAGCUCUGCUUAAUGGACAGCAGGCCAAAUUAAAAUCUCCUUCAGCAACACUGACUCUCAUCGCCGACGUUCUGGCUCGCAUCGCAAACACAGACAGAGGAUUAGCUCUCUUCUUAUACGAGAAGAAUCUCGUCGUAACCCACAGUGAGAGAACCUUUCCUGCUCAUGUCAUUGUACAGUUCACCCUCAGGCUGCUGGAUAAGGAGCUGUCAUCACUAAGUGAAUCCGACGUGUCCCAUACAUCAUGCGGAGCAUUCAUCUUUGUCUGUAGGCAGAUAUACAACACCUGUGAGGGUUUGCAGGUGCUCCGACCCUACGGCCUGCACAAGGCUGUGGCUGCUGCAUGGAAAAAGACCAGUUCCUUGUCAGAAAGGGUUCCAACCCCGGUACCUGGAGCCACCACUGGAGCCUCCACCCAAGAGCUGCAGAACAUGCUCAUCUGGGAGGAGACGUUGUUGGACAGCCUGCUGAACUUUGCCGCAACUCCGAAAGGCCUGCUGCUGCUCCAGCAGACAGGAGCCAUCAAUGAGUGCGUCUCCUACAUGUUCUCCCGCUUUACUAAAAAACUACAGGUGAGCCGUUGUGAGAAGUUUGGAUAUGGGGUGAUGGUGACACAGGUGGCAGCAACUGCUCCAGGGGUGGCAGCAUUGCACAGUUCAGGUUUUGUCCGGACGCUGGUACUAGAGCUGUGGUCUGUUCUUGAAUGUGGCAGUGAAGAUGUUGGGGUGGUCCGUCCCAAGCCCACACCCAUGGACCCGAUAGACAGAAGCUGCCUCAAGUCUUUCCUGUCCUUGGUGAACCUGCUCUCCUCUUCCCAAUCGGUGUGGGAGCUCCUGGGCCGGCAGCCUCUAGCCAACAAGAGUGAAUACACCCUGAGAGAGAUGCCAACCUCCAUUCCUGAUCUGAUUGACAGGCUGAUUGCUGUGAAUUCAGAUGCGAAGAUUCAUUCCCUGUUUCACUAUGAGCAGUCUCACACGUUCGGCCUGAGACUGCUCAGUGUGCUCUGCUGUAAUCUGGACUCCUUUCUGCUGCUGGAGAGCCAGUUCAACAUCUGCUCCAUGCUGCUACAGAGUCAGAGGGAGAACGUCACUGAGCUGGACACCGAUAAAGGGAAGUUCAUUGUAGACAGCGUAUCAGUGGAGAGGAAUCACGUGCUGGUUCGCAUCAGUGUGGUGGGAGGUCCAUCUGAGAGGAAGCUUCCUCCUCGAGCACUGCAAGAGGGAGAAGAGCCUUACCCCUGGCCAAUGUUUUCAAGUUACCCUUUACCUCCCUGUUACACUUUGGGCCCAGCAAAGAUCCAUCAUAGCUCACAAGACUCUGAGAUCAGCUCAUUUCUGGCGUCUUCUAAAGACUCAAAGAACGAAGAGGGCUGGAUGGAGGCCUGCCGGAGACAGUACUGCAAAGUCAUGACCUCCAAACCCAACAUGCUCACUGGAAAGGUGCUGGCUGACCUUCUGGAGAAGGUUGUGGCCCAUCUAUCCAACUCUGCCACAGAGUGCUUCUUCUCUCCGGCUCAGUACAAAGCUUGUUUUACAGCAGAGGAGAAGAGUGUGGAGAGCACUGUGUUAUCAUCUGUGGAGCAGCUGGGAAUCAACACCUGUCUCAGGUACGGCAGCUACCUCAAGCUACUGACAGAAGAUGCUGUGAACGACCUGACGCUGCUAAUGAAGCAUAUUAAGAUCUUCUUGUCCACACAGAGAGUCAAAACUGCUUCAGACCUCAUCACUCUGCAGGACGGUUAUCCACGCAACGACUGGCUGGCCUCCACAGUGUUCCUCAUCAUGGCUGGAGAUGUUAACCGGUCUCUAAGUUUGCUUCUCAACCUGUCCUCUCUGCUUACCUCUGCAUUCAUCUGGCCAGCGAGGAUACAUUCCUCUGUCCAUGUUCCUGUGGAAGUAGCUGAAUCAGGAAUCUCUCCAGUUUACUGGUGCACAGCUCACUACGUGGAGAUGCUGCUGAAGGCUGAAGUUCCUCUGGUCCACUCCGCCUUCAGGAUGUCUGGUUUCACUCCGUCACAGAUGUGCCUCCACUGGUUGACUCAGUGUUUCUGGAACUAUCUGGACUGGACAGAAAUCUGCCACUACAUUACCACCUGUGUGGUGAUGGGUCCUGACUACCAGGUGUACAUGUGCGUGGCCAUAUUCAAACAUCUGCAGCCAGACAUCCUACAGCGCACACAGUCCCAGGAGCUGCAGGUCUUCCUCAAGGAGGAGCCAAUCCAGGGCUUCAAGGUCAGCGACUACCUGGAGCUCAUGGAUAGACUGGAGCGCAGCUACAGACACAUUGUUCUCACCGACAUGAAAACCAUCCGUAACCCUGUCGAGUAAAAACAAGCUGAAAGUCUCUGUGUUACACAAGUAAGGACAGAUAGUUUUAAAGUGGACAUUGGACAACUUUUAAUCUGCCUUAAAGUUAUUACAGCUUGGUUAAGAUUUUAGCAAUAUUACACAAGAAGGUGUGCUUUACUGUCUUUACUGGCACAAUGGUGAUGCGGCUUGACCAAGGCGCUUGAUUCAAACAUUACCGGACAACUCCAGAAGGUUAGAAAGUCCAAAUCUCAACAUUUAUUUAUAAGAUAUAGAUGUUUUUUGUUUUUUUUCAAACUUCACAUGUUUUUAUUCAACAAAAUAUUCUGCUUCAAUUCAUGUUUGUUGAUGUUCAGCCUAUUCAAAAAUAACAUUUUCCCUAUGAUUACAAAACUGUUUGCUCUCUAGGCGCCUGGCGGUUUUGCUGGAGCGCUCUGAACUCCUUGAGUUGAAAACACUUUAACUCAGAGCGAAAAAGCCCCCACGUCAUGUCUUUUUUCGUCAUCUUUUUUCCCAUUGUCCAAUCGGAUGAUUUUAGAAGCGGGCCUUCUGUGGUAGUCAUGACAACAAGUUUACAGUUGGUAAACAAUGGAGGAGAAACUGGUGGUAGCGGUUGCUGGAUACCCAGAGCUGUACGGCCCGACAAUAGACAGCAGGUUGUCAAACUGCCCCGAGUCAUCCUAAAACAUGCCUGAAACUGCCAUUAUGGAAGUAAAGCUCCUUGACCACCUGGUGGUACUCCCCAUGACCCACCUGCUAUUUUAGGAUCUCAUGUACCCACACAGAUCUCUGUUUCCCUGUGCCCAAAAACUAUUUACUGACAGCCUCUCACCCUCAACCAGAGCUACAGCAAGUACCCUCUGCCUGUAUGUUUUUCUGUCCAAGUACCAACAUACAGUAUCCAUCCACUGAAGGGUCACACAUUAAAUUGCCUUCAAAGUACAAACAAGAACAUGCUAAAUUUCUAAAAAGUGUCUCACUUGUUACCAAAUCACAUACUUAACAAAUCUGGAGGGAAUUGAACCUAGGAAUCUUUGUGAAAUUAAAGGAUAAUCAUGGUGAUACUCGUGUGUGUGUGUGUACAUAUAUAUAUACAUAUAUAUAUACAUAUACAUAUAUAUAUAUUUUUUAUUGUUAACAAAUCAACAAAAAGACCAAAACCAACACUAAUUGAUCCUGCUAAUGUCCCACUACUGUAAACACUCAAUGUGUAUUAAUGAUAAUUAAUAUGCAUCAAUCUGCAGAUGAAACUUUUCCAGAACAUAUGCACUAUUUCUGCAAUGUGUCCCUGUAAACCGGUGCGAAUGAUAUCUUACGAGAAGUUAUGCACACGGUUUGUAUGAUAUCUUAUAAUUCAGCACCAUGAUAUCCUAUAAAUUAUCACCCCUACCGGUUAGGUUAGGUUUAGGAAAAGAAUCAUGGUUUGGCAGCAUCAUGUUGCAGACCUAAUGCGACGCAGCAACUUGACAUACAUAACUUAAAAUAACAGGACAGGACAGGACACAAACAGUGCCCUCCAUAGUCAAAGUCCUGUGUUUGUUUGAUCCAAACACAGACCCAACUGCCUCCCUGUGUGGACUUUGUCGCUCUUUAUACUACUUGACCUGACUUCCUCCUAUGCUCCUAUAAUAUCAAAAGGCAGCUUUUAGCAUAUAGGUCACGUGAUCACAGCCUCCUGCCUCACAAUUAUUUCGGUUAUAUGUGAAUUAUAGAGCAUUUCUUUUCAUAGGUGUAAAUACUAGCAGUUAAUGAACCUGCACUAUUCACUCCUGUUUGGGUAACGUUUUCUAAAACCUUCAGUGCCCAGCUGUUUCAGGUAAUUACCAAACCUUUUUUAAAAACCAAAGCUAAUAUUCUCGACACAUUUUUAAAGAUUUAUGCCCUUGAUAGGAACAAAGGGGCUUCUCGUUGACGAAUGAGGCUUUGGAAGUCGGAAAGUAUUAAGAGACUGAAUAACACAUUGUUGGUGUUGGCCUUUUCACGGGAUUUGCUGAUCAUUUGAAACAUACAGAAUACCACCAGCCUUAUCCUUUGAUGGAGUUGCAGGCUACAUCCUUUCUUGCUACAGUGCAAAAUGUUACCAAUAAUUUAACAUCAUUUUACUGUGUGUACCUGUAAGAAGUUGCACAUGACAUUACAUGACUGAACAUGAUGUAAAUACUGUAUGUGAUGAUCGUGAACAACUUGUUUGAAAGAUCACGUUUUAAUUCUGUAUUUAUUUUUUCCUACUGUGUAAAUAUCUAAUAUGUUUUGUACGUGUUCAAUAAGAUGUUAUUGUACUAGCUAUUAAAUGAAGCAGUUGCUUACAGCUGUGAAUGGAUUUGGAUUUGGCGUGAAACAACAAUCAUGUUGCACUUUGUAUAAUAUAAAGUGUUUGUCUAA